AUGACGUGCUCACCAUUCUAUCCUAGUCUUUUUCCGAUCGCAGUCCUGGUCGUUGAGCUCCCACAUGUUUUUGCUUCCUAUAGAACCUGGGUGUUCGGCGCCAGUCUGGCCUCCUGGCCCCUUCUUUACCUCGCAGCCGGAGCCCCGACGGGCCAGUCCGGUAGCGUCCAGUCCUUAGUAGACACCAUCGGCUGUGUCGCUGUGGCAUCAAUCAUGGGCCUCUUGAGCAAUGUCAACUCUGUCAAAGCCCGCAUCUGCUUCUAUGUUGCAUUUUACUUCGCCAUGGACGUGGCGAUGCAAUACCCGUCCGCUUUUGGCGUCGUUAGUGAAGGAGCCUUGUUGUUAUGGAAGACUCCAGCCCUGGCAUGCUGUGGACUCACGUUGUUGGGGUAUGCGCUCUCACUGCCUUUUGGUCAUCCUUUUGUGUUUAGUCGGGCGUUGGGCGGAUCGGGAGUCGAGCCAAUGACACUAUUGCCGCUUGGUACGGGGCCAAAUCGAAGCAAUAUCGCGGGGGGAAGGAUAAUGAUUUAG